AUAUUUUUUACGUCAACGAUUUUUCGUUUGUGAAAUUGUUAAAAAUUGUUUGGCUCAGCUUCAAAAUUCCUUGUUAAUUUGCAGCCGGCGGACCAGCUGCUUUGGCAACGAACAAACACCGGACACACCGGAUAUCAAAGCAGCCACGCUCCACGAUUCUCGUCCCAUCGUUGCCAUCACCACACUGCCCGAAAUGACUCCCAAAGACCAGCCUCCCACUCAACGCAGAAGCACCAUCAGCAUGCCAGCCACGAAACGUCGCAGCUGGUACUACAAUCCCGCCUCGAAGAUCCGAUCGAUCAUCAAAAACCUGGACGCUGAGCUGGGGCAGCUAUGCAGUCAGUGUUCGGUGCCAAAUCCGCCGAGUAGCAGCAAUAUUAACGUCAGCAUGCACAACAUCACCUCAGGGGCCACCGUUGCCGCUGGAGGAUUAGGAUCAGAAGCCAUCACCCGGCACAAGGGUAUGAUAAGCAACCAGAAUAGCAUCAAUAAAUUACUGGCGCGAGCACAGUCCAAAUCGACCUCUGGCCUUACCACAACAAUAUCUCUGGCAUCCGAUGCACAGAAGCGUCAGCUGAGGAACGUUUAUCGGACGCGGGUCAUCAAUGCCUAUCGAAACCGGAAGAUCUUCACGGUGUACGGCAACUAUAAUACAGUGCGACGGGCCCUCGUGAGUCGGGGCUGGCUGGAGAAGCUGCCGGCUUCGCGGUACGCCGCGCUGCAGUCCAUGUCCGAGGAUAUCCUGCUGGAGAAUGCGCGAAGAGGCAACGACCACGAGACGGUGGUCAUUUCAAAGAUGAUCAACCAAUUUCCAGCCUUCUUCAUUUGGCAGAGUAAGGCUCAGCGCGAUCUGUUCGCCGACGUGAGGCCAUUCCGCAACCGGGUGAGGCGCAGCCAGUCCCUGGACUUCUCCACCAAGGUGGGUCUGGUCGGGUGCGCCGAGCAGGAGCGUUGGUUUCGCGAGGACGGCGUCUGCGGCAUGAGCUAUCCGCGCUUCUACCGCCUGGGCGGCAAAAACGAGGAGGAACGCAAAGCCUUCAUUGAGGACUACCAGCAGACACAGGCACGCUCCCUGCUUCGCUACAUCCUGGAGCAUAAGCCCGACGAGCUGAUAGACAUUGACAAUGGCACUAUCGCGAGCAGCAACCUGGACUUUGCCCUGACCAAGGUUAAGCGAAUGGUCGAACAGGCGCAGCACAAAUCCCUCGACGAUGCUCGGGUCAAGCCACCCACCGCAGCCGAGUUCGUGGAGAGCCAAACGUUUAUGCUGCAGUCGGCUGAGGUCCUAAAGUCGAAGGCCAAGUACCGGGUGACCCAGAAUAUCAUGACGGAGUACGCUCGUCUGGCGACUGAAUAUCUCGAGCAGAUCGAGGCCCUAUGUCCCGACUAUCGCUGGGAUGGCUGCCGCAACCUGUGGAUCCUCAAGCCUGGCUAUCAGUCGCGAGGAAUUGGCAUCGUUAUACGCAACAGCCUGAAUGAUAUCCUCCAAUGGACAUCAAACAAUCAGAACAAAAAGUACAUAGUCCAAAAGUACAUAGAACGCCCAUUCCUGGUGUAUCGUACAAAGUUCGACAUACGCCAGUACAUGCUGCUGACAGUCGGGGAAUGCAAGGUAACCGUCUGGGUAUAUCGCGAUUGCUAUCUGCGUUUCAGCUCCCAAGAGUUCACGAUGGACGAUCUGCGGGAAUCGAUUCAUCUGACCAACAAUUCUGUGCAGAAGCGCUACAAGAACAAGCUGAAUCGCGAUCCCCGUCUGCCGAAGCACAACAUGUGGUCGCUGGAGCAGUUCAAGACCCAUCUACGUCAUGUGGGUGCCCCGGACGAAACCUGGUCGAAGAUCUACAAUGGCUUCAAGCAGAAUCUAGUGGCCGUGGUGAUGGCAAGCCUGGAUAAGACCGAACUGGUGAAGAACGCCUUCGAGCUGUAUGGCUGUGACUUCAUGCUGGACGAGCACUACAAUCCCAUCUUAAUUGAGAUCAACGCAACGCCGGAUCUGACACCCUCGACGGCGGUUACUGCCAGGAUUUGUCCCCAUGCCGUCAAGGAUUGUAUACGCGUGGUGGUGGAUCUAGCCAAGAAUCCCUCGGCACCCACGGGCCAGUUCGAACGAGCCUUUGAGGUCAACUACACCAUCAACAAAAAUGCCGAUGUCCAGCAUCCCCAUCCCUUGGAGCUCAACGGCAAGCAGAUGACCAUCGUCGAGAAGAUCCCCUUUCCUAUGCUGACAAAAAACAACAAUCGGACACGUAUGCUCCGAAAAAUCCUCCACAAUGUGAAGGUCUCUGCGGGUCACAAGCUGACCUCAACCAAUCGAAAGAAACGAGCACUACGGUACUCAUCAGCAAAGGGAUUUCCACUGCCGAAAAGAAAAAUGGGAAACAAUUGUAUUUUUCCAAAGAUGCCAAGGCAACAAAUUUAAGAUAGAGGUAAAAAUUAAAUAUAUUAACCAUCAACUUAACGGCUGUAGCGUGACUUUAGAGCCUGUCGGAUCUAUAGAAUCGCUGUCUAUAAAAUGAAUUAAGAAGUCAAAACGAAACCCGCAGAUCUUAGAGUAUUUCUUUUAUAAACGAGACUCUAAAUAAAGCCGUCGAUGAUUACCAAAAGAAA